AUGAAGGCAAUCAUUGCAGUACCAGCUACUCUAGCUCUAGUAUAUCGAGCGUGGUCACAUCAAUCCCUCACACCUGCCGGCAUUGUUGCCGCGGCUCUCACAGCUGCUGCCCACGCCGUGCACCCGUGGAGUCUCCCAUUCGCACUGCUCAUCAUAUUCUUCCUAGCAGGCACAAGAGUGACGAAGGUAAAGCACGAUAUCAAAGCGAAGCUAACCAUACAAGCCUCCGGUAGCACUGGUGGCGAGGGAGCCAGAACGCAUGUUCAAGUGUUUGCAAAUUCUGGAGUAGCAUCGGUUCUCACGCUCCUCCAUGCGUAUCAACUACAUCGACGAGAACAAGACCCAGCCCAGGCGCACAAAAAUGAAUGUUAUUCAUGGCCCGGGGACCUGCUGGUGGUUGGAAUAAUUGCGAACUACGCCGCUGUCGCUGCGGAUACAUUUAGCUCGGAACUUGGAAUCCUGUCCAAGAGUCGACCUCGACUUAUUACGUCGUGGACAUUUCGAAAAGUCCCUCCUGGAACAAAUGGUGGGGUGACGGCUUGGGGACUUGCGGCAGGGCUGUUAGGAUCACUUAUAAUCGCGACAAGUUCCAUGGCAUUGACGCCAUUUUGUUCACCCACCUCGGAGAAACCAGGAGCUCUAUCUAACAGUGGCUGGGCCUUCAAUGAGAGGCAGCGAUUCACGUUUGCAAUCACACUAUGGGGUGCCCUUGGGAGCGUACUCGACAGCCUUUUGGGAGGCUGGUUGCAGCAAAGCGUGGUCGACACAAGAACUGGCCGAAUUGUGGAAGGGGAAGGAGGAAGGAAGGUGCUCGUCUCAAAAACAGGCCCAAAUACCAUGCAUUACAAGGCGAGAGCAGAAAUCAAAGCAGCUAUUCUUAGUGGUGAAGGCCAAAAUUCGACUCCGAUACAGUCAACAUCUGAUCAUGCGAUCGAAGAAGACCUAGACAGGACAAUAGGCGGUACGGACAAAUAUGAUGCGAGGAAGAAAUCUCGGGUAUCCAGUUUUGGAGACGAGCAGCCAAGUCGAGUAGUAGAAAGCGGUCCACUUGGCUUACUUGAUAACAACGAAGUCAACUUUCUUAUGGCCUUAGCCAUGAGUGUAGGAGCCAUGGCGAUUGCAAGUUGGGUCUGGGGUGUUCCAAUGAGCACCAUAUUACCGGUAGAAUAUUAG